AUGGCAACAGGAAAAAGCAUUGCCCGGUGCUAUGCAGAUGUCAAUGCGAAAAUGCCUACUGCCUAUUGGGAUUAUGAUAACCUUCAAGUGGAAUGGGGAACGCAAGACAAUUACGAAAUUAUCCGUAAAGUAGGACGUGGUAAAUACUCUGAGGUGUUUCAAGGUAUCAAUAUCACCAACAAUCAACAAUGUGUCAUUAAGGCUUUGAAGCCUGUGAAAAAGAAGAAGAUUAGACGAGAAAUCAAGAUUCUCCAAAACUUGGCUGGUGGCACCAACAUUGUUGGUCUUUUAGACAUUGUUCGAGAUCCUAUUUCGAGAACACCUGCGAUUGUUUCCGAAUAUGUCAAUAACACAGAGUUCAAGAUUUUGUAUCCUCGAUUCACCGUAUAUGAUAUCCAGUUCUACAUGUAUGAAUUAUUAAAGGCUUUGGAUUACUGUCAUUCCAAAGGUAUCAUGCAUCGCGAUGUCAAGCCCCACAACGUCAUGAUCGACCACGAAAAGAAGCAGUUGCGUUUGAUUGAUUGGGGGUUAGCAGAAUUCUAUCACGCAGGCACCGAGUACAAUGUGCGUGUUGCAUCGAGAUACUUUAAAGGACCUGAACUUUUAGUUGAUUUCCAAGAAUACGAUUACAGUUUGGAUAUGUGGAGUUAUGGCUGCAUGUUUGCCAGUAUGAUCUUCCGUAAGGAACCUUUCUUCCAUGGGCACGAUAAUUACGAUCAAUUAGUCAAGAUUGCUCGUGUGCUUGGUACAGAUGAACUUUUCAAAUACACGGAAAAGUACUCGAUUAAGCUUGCUUCGGAAUACAACAAUAUUUUAGGUAGACAUCCCCGUAAAGCUUGGAGUAAGUUUGUCACAAACGAUAAUCAACGAUUUGUUACGGAACAAUCCACGGACUUUUUGGACAAGUUGUUAAGAUAUGAUCAUCAAGAACGUCUUACUGCUAAGGAAGCCAUGGUGCACCCUUACUUUGAUGCUGUGAGACAACAUCAAUCAUAA